CCUACAAACCAACCUUUACUUGCACCGAUACUCCGACCUCUACACCGUCGCAGAAAUGUUCUCCGCCGCUGCCGCCGCCACCUCCUCAUCCACUGUUGCCAAGCCACUCAGGAUUUCGUCUCUCUCCUCAAAAUCGCCUCUCCCGUCCGCCUUCUCCGUCGCAUUUUCAUCCCGGGGACGCGAAAUCCCUCGGCGGCGGCUGAUCCUCGUGACAUGCUCCGCUGGAGAUGGAGGAGCGAAGCCGACAAUCCUCGUGGCGGAGAAGCUCGGCGAGGCCGGGGUCAAGCUCCUGGAGGAGUUCGCGAAUGUCGACUGCUCGUUUAACAUGACUCCGGAGGAGCUGAACACGAAGAUCUCGCUCUGCGACGCGCUGAUCGUGAGGAGCGGGACCAAGGUCGGUCGCGAGGUGUUUGAAUCGUCCCGUGGACGGCUCAAGGUGGUCGGACGCGCCGGUGUCGGGAUCGACAACGUGGAUCUGAGCGCGGCGACGGAGUUCGGUUGUUUGGUUGUCAACGCGCCAACGGCGAACACGAUCGCCGCCGCAGAGCACGGGAUUGCGCUUUUGGCUGCCAUGGCAAGGAACGUCGCUCAAGCUGAUGCUUCCGUCAAGGCUGGAGAGUGGAAGAGGAACAAGUAUGUGGGUGUUUCCCUUGUGGGCAAGACACUUGCUGUGUUGGGUUUUGGUAAAGUUGGAUCAGAAGUUGCUCGACGGGCAAAGGGCCUAGGUAUGCAUGUCAUUGCCCAUGACCCCUAUGCCCCGGCAGACCGGGCACGAGCACUCGGUGUGGAGCUCGUAAGUUUUGACGAGGCCAUUUCAACCGCCGAUUUCAUCUCCUUGCACAUGCCCCUUACACCUGCAACAUCCAAGAUGCUCAAUGAUGAAACCUUUGCUAAGAUGAAGAAAGGGGUUCAUAUCGUCAAUGUUGCUCGUGGAGGUGUCAUCGACGAAGAUGCACUUGUGAGAGCUCUCGAUUCUGGCAUUGUCGCUCAGGCAGCUCUCGAUGUUUUCACAAAAGAGCCACCGCCUCAAGACAGCAAGUUGGUGCUUCAUGAGAGGGUCACUGUAACACCUCAUCUUGGAGCCAGCACGGUCGAGGCCCAGGAAGGAGUUGCCAUUGAAAUUGCAGAAGCUGUUGUUGGAGCUUUGAACGGAGAGCUUGCUGCUACUGCUGUCAAUGCUCCAAUGGUUCCUGCUGAGGUUCUCACUGAGCUGAAACCAUACGUCGUACUGGCCGAGAAACUCGGGAGACUGGCCGUGCAACUGGUAGCCGGAGGAAGCGGCGUGAAAAAUGUGAAAGUAACCUACGCCUCAGCACGAGCAACGGACGAUCUCGACACCAGACUUCUCCGAGCGAUGAUCACCAAGGGAAUCAUCGAGCCAAUCUCCGACGUGUUCAUCAACCUGGUCAACGCAGAUUACACAGCCAAACAGAGAGGCCUCAGAAUCUCGGAGGAGCGAAUCCUCUUAAACGGAUCACCCGAGAGCCCGCUCGAAGCCAUCACGGUUCAGCUCGGGAGCGUGGAGUCGAAAUUCGCCAGUGCCUUGUCAGAAUCGGGUGAAGUCAGGGUUGAGGGAAAGGUGAAAGAUGGUAUCCCGCACCUGACAAAGGUGGGAUCUUUCGAAGUAGAUGUGAGUCUGGAAGGGAGUAUCAUACUCUGCAGGCAGGUGGACCAGCCGGGGAUGAUCGGGACAGUUGGGAGCGUUCUCGGGGAGGCGAACGUGAAUGUGAACUUCAUGAGCGUGGGGAGGAUCGCCCCGAGGAAGCAAGCAGUGAUGGCGAUAGGAGUGGACGAGCAGCCGAGCAAGGAAACGCUGAAGAAGAUCGGCGAAAUCCCGGCCGUGGAGGAGUUCGUCUUCCUCAAGCUGUAGUUGGGUAAUGAAUGAGUGGUUCGUGAGAGAGUGAGUCAGGGUUGGGGUUUGAAGGGAUUUUUGUUUCUAUUUUGCCAGUUUUGGUAAUGGUUACGGUGAGUAGUUUGAAGACAAAUUCAAAUAAGCCGUUUUUGAAUAAUAUUUUUAAAUAUGAUUUGAUAUCA